UGCGAAUGUCAAUCUCAAAAUAAUGAUACAGCGGCGUGCCGGUAGGAUCUAGCCGCCACAGAGACAGGGGACCAUGACAGACCUCAAAAUGAGCAAAGAGCAGAAAUAUGAUCGACAGCUCAGGUUAUGGGGAGAUCAUGGACAGGAAGCGCUUGAAAAUGCCCAUGUUUGUCUCAUCAAUGCCACUGCAUCCGGCACUGAAAUACUCAAGAACCUUGUGCUACCUGGCAUUGGAGCUUUUACCAUAGCCGAUGGACACAAAGUGUCAGGGGAGGAUGUUGGAAACAACUUUUUUCUCAGCAGCAACAGUAUUGGAAAGAACAGAGCUCAGGCUGCUACUGAACUGCUACAGGAGCUCAACAGUGAUGUGUCUGGAAACUUUGUGGAGGAGAGUCCUGAUAAACUUUUGGACAAUGAUCCUGAGUUUUUUCACAGAUUUAGUCUAGUAAUUGGUGUCCAGCUUCCUGAAAGCACAUGUUUGAGGCUAGGCUCUGUGUUAUGGGAGGCUGGUGUGCCAUUCCUUGUGUGUAGGACAUAUGGACUCAUUGGUUACAUGAGGCUGAUUGUGAAAGAACACACGGCGGUUGAGUCUCAUCCAGAUAAUGCUUUAGAGGACCUGAGAUUAGACCAUCCAUUCUCUGAGCUCAAAAGCCACAUAGAGUCCUAUGACCUGGACAACAUGGAGAAGAAGGAUCACAGUCAUACACCAUGGAUCAUUGUGGUUGCCAAGUACUUGGGAAAGUGGUAUAGUGAGCACAACACCCAGUUACCGAAGAGUUAUAAGGAAAAGGAAGCUUUCAGACAACUCAUCAGAGAAGGAAUCCUUAAGAAUGAGAAUGGAUCACCUGAGGAUGAAGAGAACUUUGAGGAGGCGAUCAAGAAUGUGAACACUGCUUUGAACCCCACCAAGGUCUCUAGUGCAGUGGAGGACAUAUUUAAUGCUGAACAGUGUGAAAACAUUACCUCACAGACCCCGUCCUUCUGGGUUAUGGCACGUGGGGUGAGAGACUUUGUGCAAAAUGAGGGGAAUGGAAACCUUCCUGUACGAGGAACCAUCCCAGACAUGAUUGCUGAUUCUGACAAAUUCAUCAAUCUACAAAACAUCUAUAGAGAAAAAGCAAUGAAAGACGCUGCAAUUGUGUCCAAACAUGUUGAAUCCUAUCUACAAUCAGUUGGAAAGCCUCCAGAGAGCAUCUCUGAACAGGAAAUAAAGCUCUUCUGUAAGAACGCAGCAUUCCUCAGAGUGGUGCGUUGCAGGUCUCUGGCAGAGGAGUACAGUGUAGACACUUUCAAUAAAGAUGAAAUCACAUCCUGUAUGGACAGCCCUGACAGUGAGAUGGUCCUCUACCUCAUGCUCCGCUCAGUCGACCGCUUCUAUCAGCAGCACUCUCGUUAUCCAGGUGUCUACAAUUACCAGGUGGAGGAAGACAUUAAUAAACUCAAGCUGUGUGUAAACGGUCUUUUACAGGAGUACAGUCUAAAUGUUAAUGUGAAAGAUGACUACAUACAUGAGUUCUGUCGUUAUGGAGCUGCUGAGCCACACACAGUCGCAGCGUUUUUGGGGGGAUCAGCAGCUCAAGAAGCCAUCAAAAUCAUCACUCACCAGUUUGUACCUUUCAACAACACAUUCAUCUAUAAUGCCAUGUCACAGACCUCUGCUACUUUUCCGCUGUAGAGCAAUCUUCCCCAUCUGAUUUUCGCUCCAAUAUCAAAGUGUUACCCUCAAAGGCACAGAACAUUGGAUUUGGUUUAAUUCAUGAAUCAAAGGAGUGCUCAAGUUUGUUUAUACAUGUAUUGAUCGAUGCUCUUCGACCAGACAAGAACUGAUGCUGCAUACUGAAUAAACCGUGUAUCU